AUGUAGUAUUAUGGAAUUUAGUACUGGUUUAUAUUGUUCGGUUUCCAGUUUCGUUCAGAUCGGUCAUUAUCAACUGAAAGAAACAGUUCUGAUGCUGCAUUGCCAAAAAUCUUUAACAGUAGUUCCGUGAUCUUCAUCACCCUCUGAGCUUCCAUUUUCUGAUUUUGUGCCGUAAAGCCUCAUCCUCUUAACUCCACCUCCCGUUUCCUUUUGAACUUUCCCUUUUAUUCGGGAGGGGGAAGUUCGAAUUUCGAAAUGGUUGCUAGGGGUAGGAGAUUUAACUGUUAAUCUUCGUUCUUACUUUCAGUAUUCCUCAUCUUUUUUUAAAAAAAUUUAUGCCGAGGUAUAUCGUGCAGCAUCACCAAUGUUUCUUGAAUCCCAUCCAUACGCUGGUAUGUUGAUCCCAGUUUCAUGCAAUACUUAACUUUUGCCUGCUUCCAUGAGCGAGAUCUAGGGUUUAACAACCUGCCUCAUGCAUUCGUUUUCCUGGCUUGUCUAGAAUUUUCUCAUUUCUGGCCGGAUUGGUUUUUCAUGGGUUCCAUCUGAAGCUUUAGUAGUCCAUCAAUAUUUGCUUCAUAUAGCUAUGUUGAAGCAAUUCUUCAGUAAGAUUCCUCGUAAAUCAUCCAAAUCCCAUGGGGGGGAGUCAUGCCGGGACCCAGUGGCCGCUACACCGCGCGUCACCGGCAGGGCUAACCGGCCGAACGGUGGGAGUUCUGCCAUUCGGUCUAAUUCUGCGAAACGCACUUCUUCGUCGGCGGUUUUUCCUGCGAGCAUCGUGUCUGGAAUCGAACCCCUGGUGCCAUUCAAAGACGUGCCUCAUGCGGAGAAGAUGAACCUGUUUGUGAGCAAGUUGAGCCUUUGUUGCGUGACUUUCGAUUUCACUGACGCCGGUAAGAAUGUUGUGGAAAAAGAUGUCAAAAGGCAAACAUUGCUUGAACUCGUCGAUUUUGUCGCUUCUGGGUCGACUAAAUUCAGUGAACCUGCUAUUCUUGCUAUGAGUAGAAUGUGUGCUAUUAAUCUCUUUAGGGCUUUCCCGCCACCGUAUCGAUCUAAUAGGGGUGGUGCUGGUGGCGAGAUUGAUGAUGAUGAACCAGUAUUUGACCCUGCUUGGUCACAUUUACAGUUUGUGUAUGAAUUGUUGCUUAAUUUUAUUAAUUCUCCGUGUCUUGAUGCGAAGGUGGCGAAAAAGUAUAUCGAUCAUUCAUUUAUCUCGAGAUUACUUGAAUUGUUUGAUUCAGAGGAUCCAAGAGAAAGAGACUGCUUGAAGACUAUUCUGCACAAGGUUUAUGGAAAGUUCAUGGUGCAUAGGCCCUAUAUUCGGAAAUCUAUUAAUAACAUAUUUUACCGAUUUGUGUAUGAGACUGAGAAACACAAUGGCAUCGCUGAGUUAUUGGAGAUUUUUGGGAGCAUCAUUUGUGGGUUUGCCUUGCCUUUGAAAGAGGAGCACAAGAUCUUUUUAUGGAGAGUUUUGAUCCCCUUGCACAAACCUAAAUCCAUGGGUGUUUAUUUCCAGCAAUUGUCUUAUUGUAUUACUCAGUUUGUAGAGAAGGAGCCGAAGCUAGCCAGCACUGUUAUAAGGGGUUUGUUAAAAUAUUGGCCGAUAACAAAUAGUCAGAAGGAGGUCAUGUUCUUGGGCGAAGUGGAAGAGAUUUUGGAAGUAAUCAACAUGCUAGAGUUCCAGAGGGUCAUGGUCCCGUUAUUUUGGCGUAUUAGUUGCUGCAUUAAUAGCUUACACUUUCAGGUGGCUGAGAGGGCCCUUUUCUUAUGGAACAAUGACCAUAUUGUGAACUUGAUCGCACAUAACUGUCAGGUGAUCCUGCCCAUAGUAUUUCCAGCACUAGAGAGAAACUGUCAGGGCCACUGGAGCCAAACUGUGCUCAACUUAACUCUUAAUAUUAGAAAGAUGUUCAUAGAGAUGGAUGACAAGCUCUUUCUGUCCUGCCAUUCUCACUUCAAGGAGGAAGAAGCCUUCUCGAUUUCAGCAGCUGAGAAGCGAAAAGAAGCAUGGGAACAACUAGAGCAUGCCGCUAGCCUCCGGCCUGUGAUAGGAAAUACAGCUGUUUUAGUGUGUCCCUUGACAACCUGAGUUACAUGUUAGCUGUUUUUGGUUGUGGAAAUGGCCGUUAAUAGGGGCGUUAAGGUAUAUGUUUUUGGCGAUAUCUAUAUGCUUCUGCCAGCCUGAUGUUGUAUAUCAUGGUUUUGGAUUGAUUGCGACUGUGUGGAAUGCUAGUUAACUCAUGUAUGUAAGUUAUGAGAAGGACCAUGCAGUAGAUCUAUCGAUUUUCUGCAUGAGCUUAUUAACAGACAAAAUAUAUAUUUUUCUUAGGUAGACUAUCUAAUGACCAUAUGUGCUUUGCAAAGGACAACGACAAAUAGUUAUGUGGAUAUUUUAAGUAGAUUAUGCUUUAAGAA